CGCUCUGCUCUAUCCAAACCCGGAGCUCGAGCUCCUCCGUAACAGCCUCGUCGCUUCACGAGGAGGUGGAGGAGGAGGAGGAGGGGGGUCUCUCACACACAUACACACACACACACACGCGCGCGCGCGCAGAUACACGGUUGUCUCGCAUCGCUCUGGAGGAAAGCGCCGUUUCGACUUUAGAGCUUCCACUUUCAGCACCAUGGAGAGCGCUCUGGCUUCUCUGGCUUCUCUGGCUCUGCGCGCGUGGCUCGUUUGGUCUUUACAGCUCGUAGCGCCCGGUUACGCUGAGGUGACUUGCUCCUCGUGCCCGUGGCCAGCUCGAGUCAGAAACACGGAUGUAGUCCAGCAGCUGGACCAUGGCUUUGGACCCGUUGUGACGCUGGGGAAGUCUUGGAAUCGCGCUCGUGCCGAGUUUCGCCCCACCGCGCUUGUUUUGGAAAGUGCUGGAGAACGAGAAUGGAACUCCAAAGUGGUCGGGAAAACGGACGGGGAAGUGCUGCAGGGAGACCAACCGACGUCAAGGCGUAAAAGAAGCGGACCAGGACCGGACACUGCCGCACAAUUGACCGGAAGCAGAGACCCCAACCUGGGAGACCCUGAGACCCCUUCGGAUGAGCGCGCGAGGAGCCAUGGGCUACUGCUGGACGGCCACAGAGCCAGCUCGGACGGCCGCUGGAGCCGCGACGACGGCAGAGCGUCCGGUUCGAGACUGGACGAUGCCAAACUGACCAGCAGCACUUUCGCGCUAGCUGGAGACUCAGCACAUAACCAUGCUGUGGUCUACUGGACCGGCCAGAACAGCAGCGUGAUUCUGAUCCUGACCAAGCUUUAUGACUUCCACUUGGGCAGCGUCACUGAGAGCUCCCUGUGGAGAUCCAUGGAUUACGGCUCGACCUACGAGAGACUGAACGACAAAGUGGGAGUGAAGACAGUCUUGAGUUAUCUGUACGUCUGUCCCACCAACAAGAGGAAGAUAAUGGUGUUGACUGACCCGGAGUUUGAAAGCAGCGUCCUCAUCAGCUCAGAUGAAGGAGCCAGCUAUCAGAAAUAUCGACUCAGCUUCUAUGUCUUGAGCCUGCUUUUCCACCCUUCCCAAGAAGACUGGGCACUGGCCUACAGCCAUGACCAGAAGCUGUACAGUUCAUUUGACUUUGGACGGAAAUGGCAGCUCGUUCAUGAGCGAGUGACCCCCAACCGCUUCUACUGGUCAGUGAGCGGUCUGGACAGAGACGCUGAUCUGGUGCAUAUGGAGGCUCACACUGCAGAAGGCCAAUGUCAGUAUAUGACGUGCAAGGCCCAGGCUUGUUCAGAAUCCAGCAGGACAUUUCCAUUUCCCAGCUACAUUGAAACCAACUCGCUGGUGGUUCAGGACGAGUACAUUGUUAUUCAGGUCACCAUGGCUGGCCGGGCCUCUUACUACGUGUCUUACCAGAGGGAACCUUUUGCGCGCAUCAAAAUACCCAAAUACUCUCUGCCUAAAGACAUGCACAUUCUCAGCACGGAUCAGGGUCAGGUCUUCGCAGCAGUGCAGGAGUGGAACCAGAACGACACCUACAACUUGUACAUUUCUGACCCGCGAGGGGUCUACUUCACCCUGGCCUUGGAAAAUGUCAAAACUACACGAGGUCUGGGGGGCAACAGCAUGAUCGACUUGUAUGAGGUAGCAGGCAUUAAAGGCAUGCUGAUUGCUAACAGGAAGGUGGAGAACCAGGUGAAGACAUACAUCACCUACAACAAGGGCCGAGACUGGAGGCUGCUGCAGGCGCCCUCUACUGAUCUGGAGGGCAACGAGAUUUACUGCGUGCUGCCAUUUUGUUCACUGCAUCUACAACUUCAGAUGUCAGAAAAUCCCUACCUGUCCGGCAGCAUUACAACCAAGAGCCCCGUGCCAGGAGUCAUCGUCGCUACAGGAAACAUUGGCUCUGAGCUUUCCUACAAUAAUGUAGGCAUGUUCAUAUCAUCAGACGCUGGCAAUAGCUGGAGACAGAUAUUUGAUGAGGAGCACAAUGUUUGGUUCCUGGACAAAGGAGGAGCGCUGCUUGCAGUCAAACAGCCCACAGUCCCCACCAGGCAUCUGUGGAUCAGUUUUGAUGAAGGACGGCAGUGGACACGCCACAGUUUCUCAGCCAUGCCGCUAUUUGUGGAUGGAGUUCUGGUGGAGCCGGGCAUGGAUAACCAGAUACUGACAUUUUUCGGACACUUCAGUGAUCGGUCGGAAUGGCAGCUGAUCAAAAUAGACUACAAGUCUUUAUUUACUAAGCGGUGUGCUGAAGGAGACUUCCAAACAUGGCAUCUACACAAUCAGGGUGAACCGUGCGUGAUGGGCCAAAAACAGAUCUACAUGAAGCGUCGGCCGGGCCUCUACUGCAUGCUGGGAAAGGACUCGUCCAGGAUCCUGUCGGCUGAACCCUGUAUAUGUAGAGCUCAUGACUUUGAGUGUGAUUAUGGCUAUGAACGGAGAGGAGAUGGGAACUGCCUGCCUGCAUUCUGGUUCAACCCUGCCACAGUGUCGCGGAGCUGCAGCCUCGGCCAAAACUACCUUAACAGCACAGGUUACCGUAAAGUGGCAGCCAAUAACUGCACCAAAGGAGUGAAAGAGAUGUACACAGCCCGAAAACAACAGUGUCCAAACCGGCCCCCACGAGGCCUGCACCUGGCAACCCAGGACAACAAGCUCACAGCCAAUCUGGGCAGCAACGUCACCUUUGUAGUGCAGCUGGAAGAGGGGGACUCUUUGAGGACAAAUAUCCAGUUGGACUUCGGGGACGGGACAGCAGUGUCUUAUUCCAACCUGAGCUGGACAGAGGAGGGGAUCAGACACGUGUACCGAAGUGCCGGAAUCUUCCGGGUCACCGCUCUCGCCGAGAACAGCCUGGGCUUCGACAGCACCUCCCUCUACCUGCAUGUGACCUGUCCCGUGGAGCACGUUCAGUUGCUGGCUCCAUUCGUGGUGAUUAAAAACAAGGAGGUGAACUUGACAGCGAUGGUGUGGCCCUCACACUCCAGAACUGUCACCUAUUUCUGGUGGCUGGGGAACAGCACUGAGCCGGUGAUAACCCUGGAAGGCAGUAUCUCCUACGUGUUCUCGGCCGAAGGGAUGAAUACAGUCACAGUGCAAGUCUCAUCUGCCAACUCAAUCCUUCAAGACACCAAGACCAUCGCUGUUCAAGAAUUCUUCAAAUCACUGCUUUUAUCUUUCUCGCCGAAUCUGGACGAGGCCAACCCUGACAUUCCGGAGUGGAGGCAGGAUGUAGGCAGGGUAAUUAAGAAGGCUCUGCUCCAAAUUGCUGAUAUUCCUCCUGAGCAACUGCUGGUGGCAGUGUUCCCCGGAAUCCCCACAGCUGCAGAGCUCUUCCUGCUUCCUAGCAAGAACCAGUCAGAUGCCAGGAAAAGGAACGAGGAGGACCUGGAGCAGAUUUCAGAAAUCCUUGUCAGUGCACUGAACCAGAACUUGGUGGAGUUUGAGCUGAAGCCGGGAUCCAGAGUCAUUGUUUACAUCACGCAGUUAACUUUAGCUCCUUUGGUCGACUCCAUCCCCAGACACAGCAGUUCUGCCAUGCUGAUGCUCCUCUCUGUGGUGUUCCUGGGUUUAGCAGUCUUCCUCAUCUACAAAUUCAAGAGAAAAAUCCCCUGGCUUAACAUAUACGCUGAGGUGAACCACGAGAAAGAGCAGGAAAUGAUUGGCACCGUGGGUCAGAAUGAUGCCACGACGCCCAAAAUCACGCUCAGUGAGUUCUCCAGCCCCAAAGAGCUGAUGGAGAAGGAGCUGGAGGUCCGUGUUAAACGUGGGAUGAUCAACACCUGUGAAAGCACAAGAGAGAUCCCCAACUGUACGAGCGUCUGAACGGAACGUCCAUCCGUGACAGCUUUGAACAAGACAAACCUGGAAGUGCAAUGUAAACGAAGUGUACAGAAGUGUCGCCAUUUUGAAAAGUUCUGUAUGUUUUCCUUUUCCUUUCUUUUUGUAAUUUCAGAAACAGUCAUUGUUAAUAGUUUUCUAAGGACCUCGUUUAUACAGAUUUGCAUGGGUGUCUUGUUUGAUAAGAUCUGCGUGGAGGAUCUAAACAUACUUAAUGAGACAUUUUUAAUUAUGAUGAAAAACGGGCUCGGCAGCGAGAGAAAAUGAGGCGCAGACUCAAAUUGAGUGGCAAACGAAAACAUUGGGCCUUUCGAAAAACUUCUCCACGAAUAUUGUAAGACUAAGUAACUCCAGAAUGUGUUGAUGGCAAAGUGUCCGUUCCGUUCCGUUGACGAGACGUGUUGCAGCAUUUCGGGAAUGUACGAGCUACAGAUACAAGAGGAGCAUCGCAGCUUUUCUUAUCAUUUCCACGGCGAUGUGUAAUGGUAUUUUGUUUUGAACAUCAAUCAUAGCAUAAUGCAGGAAACCAUAUCCAGAUAAGUCCUUUUUUAGUUUGACAGAAACAAAUACACUGUGUUGAAUCAAGAACUUCUGGUUGUUCAGUCUGGGGCUUUGCACCCUGAGCUGCCUGCAUUAGCUGUUCGCACAUCAAGAUAACUGUUGCUUGCUAUUUUAAAUGCUUGUGUUUCCUUUUUUUUAUAUUUUAUACAUGCAUUCGGUCAGCUUAUUUGCAUAUCAAAUAUAAUCUGAGCCACUGCGAAAAUAAAGUCAAAGAAAUAUGCAAAUGAACAGACUAAAGUAUAAGUAAUUGUAACAUUCUGCAUAGUCCACCGUUUGCAAAGACUGCAGUCAGAUAGAUGAAUGUUUGCUAAAGGACACCCUUGUGUGGCACAUAUGAUGCAGUCAUAAGUAACAAGAAUCAAAAUUUCCAAAAUUACACGGUUAAUAAAAGAUCAUAGUACAUACAUUAUGUGGUGUAUUAUGCUUAUCACAUGAAGCAGUAAGGUGCUGUAGAGGACUACAAAGAAUAUAUCACAAGUAUAAUUUUAGUAAGACUUGUUCUACAAUUAGUGCCAAAGCCUUUGUUGGUCAAGAUUGAAGUCUAGGACAAAGUGAAAAAAAGUAGUAAACGGACUGUGAAGAACCUCAUGCAAAAGUAUCAUUACAGACGUUUAAGUUAAAGGGGCACUUUGGACAAAAUAGUAGUUUCUUGAAAGACAUUUUCCAGUUUAAAAAUGAAAACCCACUUCUGAUGAUGCAUCGUGAAGGUGGAGAAAACUUUUGAAAAACUAUAACUGCUUUAGGGUGGAUUUAUGUAAAUGCAGAAUAAAGGCAGCUAGUGUUGCUGCUAGGAAGCAGAAUAUCUUAUUGCAAACAUAAGUGUAGCAAAUGUCUUCAAAUAUUCAUUAGAGUGCACUAAUGCACUAAUCAGAUGUAAGAGAUGAGGAGGAUAAACCACUAAACUACAGUUUUUUAAGCAAGGUAGCUACCUGGCUUGACACCUUACCUCAGUUGGGCUCCUUUUCUCUGGCAUGUUUCAGUUAAGUUGUGUCUUUGAUAAAGAAAGAUGCUCUCGUGUGACAGUCGAGGUAAAAUUCCAGUAACGCUUGCCUGUAUGUAUUAGCCUAUAGAUAAGUGGCAAGCUUAGCAGUCAAGACUGGUUGACACCACAGGAGUUCCCAGGGGUUAUAUGAUGUUUUGGCAUGAUGCAUGUUGGGUACUGUAGUGAAAGAACAUUGAUGAACAAGAACACAGAAAGAAUAGCUGCGCUCCAAAGCCUAGGCUUUUCUCGGCCGCUACGCCACAGAAGGCCGUUCCAAAGUGAAGGACCCUUUGUAUACAGCCUAGAAAUGCAGAUUGAGGACACAACUGACAUCCUUGCAGCUCUCUGACCAUUAAUGAGGUGAAGAAAAAAAAAAAAAAAAACCCAAAAAUGGUGGAAAACGAAGCUGAUGUCCUACUGAGGACCUGCACUACCUAGGCUGCAGAACGCAGCGAACAUAAAAUCAUGAACUCUGUCAAAACAAUGAAGUGGAAGGAUGAAGCGAUGCACUACAGAAUGUUACAUAACAUGACAAAAAACACACUAAAUGCUAGUUUUAGGCUGUAAUGCCCCUUUAAUUUAAGCCAUCUUUAAUGCACUUUCUUCUAUCAACCUUGCAGGUGUCUGCACUCAUUCUAAUGUUACCUCAUCUUGUUGGAUCGGCCAGUCGCUGUACAUAAAGCAGGUUCCAUUGUUAUUUUAUUUUUGCCUGUCAUUAUAAGAUAUAAAGUGAACGCCUUACGAAAACAAUGCCUUUUUGUCAUACUACAUAUUUUGCCAUCAAAACAUUUGGCCACUUGAAAUUCCAACUUAAUUUAUACAUAGUAAAAGUAAUAGUUAUUGUAUAAACCAGUAUGAUAAAGGUUAGAGUAUUUAUAUGAAUAAUUUUAACAAAGUAUAUUGUUUGUCAGUUUCUUUUUUAAAAAAGAAAAAUCAAUCUUUGUGUCUUGUCUCCCAGGGAAGAGCUUUGAACUGUAUCAUAGUCUCAAUAGACCGAGUUCAUUUCUCUGUAUAUACAGCUGUAUGCUGUCAUUUUCACAUGCUUCUAUUGUAAAUACCGUGGCAAAGCGCAGAACUGUAAACCUUAAAACACAGUACCUUUUCAACUGAUAAAAGCGUGUUGAGAAUCUGAGACGUUUACUUUUAUGGAAUAACCAUGAUUUUCUUCUUUUUUUUUGACGAGGUCCUUGACUUGUGCAUGUUAUUUGCAAGGACGCGAUUUACAGUAUGUGUUGUAGAUAAGCAAGUGCUGUAAAUAGUUAUUUUUUAGUCAUCCAUUACAAAAAAAAGGGAAAUUAUUUACACUUUCCUAUGUUGCCAUUCGGAUGAUGAGUUCUUUCUUACCGUUGGAACUUUAUCCGGCUCCUUGGUCAGGGACCAAAGGGAUACUCCAGCAGCUUUUUUUUUUUCUACAGCAUCUGUAGCAUACAGCCAAUAACUAAUGCCCGUUUGAUCCCCAGCAAUGCCACAGCUAUCCCCACCAUCUCACAGCCAAUGCAGGCACCUGUUAGCAGACGUAAUUCUUGUCCAAGCAUGUUCAGUUGUCCAAUGACGCUGCUUCAACGGCAGUUCAUGUCUUGGAGUCAUGUCACGUCUUCACCCUCCCAGCUUGGUAGCAUCGUGUGAUGGGGAGACGUAGCUAGCGGGUGGGGAUUGGCUGUGACUAAACUGGGAAGACAAAUUGAAAAUAAUUAAUUAAAUAAAUAAAUAAGCAAAGCAUCUGCCAACUUGCUUCUAUUGUAAGUGGGUUCUAUUAUAUAAAACAUAUUAUUUAUUUAUUUAUUUUUUAUCAUCCAUGGUAAUUGACCAUAUGCUGCAUAUACAGCGGAUUAGGUUGAAAAACUUUGGAAUAUUCCUUUAAAGUUGCAUUCUUUAAACUCUGACUGCUUGGUGAAGGUUUAAAUUGGAGAGGUUCUUUAUAAAAACAAGUCUUGUCCACUUGCUUACCUCUUUCACCUGGAGAGAAAAGUUGCUGUUAGAACUUGAUGUGUGACUUUGCCUUGUGCAGUGGGAAAACAUUUGGGAACACAUGGCCCUUUUUGAAUGUAUCUGAACAGCAACAUCCCAAAAAAUCUGUGGAGAUCUGAUAAGAAACGACCAUGUCGUAAAAAGAUUUCGAUCUAUUGCUUGUGCAUUCACUGAAAAUGCCAAGAUACUUCUUGUGGAGAGAGACUGAAAUAGAAAGUGGUAAUAUUUAAAUUUAUUUACAGAUAUAUUUACAGUUACUUUAAAAGUUAUACAAAGUGCUACAAUAUAUGAUCAUCGAUACUCAUACCAGUCAAUUGACCACUUAUGCUCUGCCCAUCUGUUCCUUCAUAGCCAUUGUUGUACAAAAAAUUGGUAUUUUAAGUAAAAUUCUUAAAUAUAGUCAAUAUAUCUAAUAUUUCUCCUAUUGAGUUUGUUGUAAGCUUAAUUUAAAAUCAUUUCUAGACAAUUUCUUUUUCAUUGCUUUAAGUACUUCUCACUAUAUUGGCAGAUAAUUCUGCUUGUUUAAAGCAAUGAAAUGUGCUUGAAAGCAGCAAAAAGAUUUGCCAGUAUGGUGAGAUAGUUUUACUUAGUAAAAUCACAUGAAAUAAGUAAAUAAUGUCUAGAGAUAAGGUAAAUAAUCUUAUAAGUACAUGAAAUAUCAAAAUGGGAACUAUUAGACAUAUCAAAUAGAUUUAGGAUCAUUUCACUUGACAAGAUACCAUUUCUUGCAGUGGAAAUAUCACUGAAAGUAAAUAAUACGCUAAAUUCAGAGAUUUCAACAAAACAAACUAGCUGUGUGCUCCAGUUUCUUAUUAAGCUGAAUGAGAUUUUUGCCAGUGCUUUCUAAAGUUCUGUCUAACCUCACACAGUAACUACAGACGAGUGCAUUUGCAGAGGAAGCAUGGAUAGGUUAAGUAGCAUUCUUAUUUAUUCUUCAAAUUUAAGCAGUGCAAGGAUCAUAUUCAGUUUGUGACAUGGCCAACAUAGAGAUAUAUUCAAUAUUUAAUAUAUUCCAAAAUUUGAAUAGAAAACUCAGCAGACUGGAAUAUAUUUACACCAUAUUACAUUUCUGUGCAGAUGUGAACCCAAUUGCUCCAACUCAACUCUUGGCUUUCUACUCAUAGAAAAAUAAAGGUGCCAAAAAAAGCUCUUUGCAGCAAUGAACAUAGAAGGACCACUUUUAUGUAAAGAACCCUUCAACAGAUGAAGAAGCAGUUUGUGUAACUGAGAUGGGUGAGUUAAAAGAGCUACUUUAAAGUUUAAUAAUAAUUGCAUACCAGGGUUCGAAUUGAGGGGAGGGCUAAGGGGGUCCUGAAUGUCCCAUAAGAGUAAAGGGACAUCAGCUGUCUAUUUGCCAGAUCCUUGUUUUGCCAGUUCCACUUUAAAUGGUGCAGCAGUUAUUAUAACACCUGGGGUGUCCGAAUGUAACUACCACCAUUUAAGGUGGACCGGGAAAAUCGGAACAAGAAAGCUGGUGAACAGGAAGCCUUCAGCCUCACCUAAUUCUACUAAUGUUACCAGCUUUAAAUCACCUUAUCAGGGGUAGGUAGGAAUACUAAGCUGGAGAGUAUAGUAGACUGUACAACCGACUUGAAAUGAGGCUGAAUCAACAUUUAAACUAGUCAGCUAGGUUUGCUAAUGCUAACAGUAGCAGUGCAUCCUCACGCUUCUUGUUUACAUUGGAGCAGAAGAGGCUAAUGGACAUGGAUUACAACACUGCCAUCUAGCAGUCGGAGGGUUAGACAACACAAAAUGAAUGACACUCGGCCAGGAAUCUUUGCGUGGUCACUAUUAAUUAAACAUCAAUACUGUGUUUUUGAGAAUUGAUACGGUAUCACAAGACAUAAUAUUGUGAUACUCAAGUGUACUGAUAUUUUCUUACAGCCCUACUGCCUGCCAUGUCUUCUGUUCAACUUUCAGAGGCAAGCGCCCCGCGUUGCUUAGCAGAUUUUUACACCAACCUUGUUUUUAGCAGACCUAUUGCACUAUUCUAUUCAAUUUGACAGUGUGAACCCCCCACAUGUCGUCCCACACCAAACAGAACUGUGGUCCAGACAUUUUAGGCCUCGACCCACUUUCAGGUGAACCUUGGUUCAGUUCACCGAUGAUGGGAACAUGUUAUUUUUGCACGUGCUACUGCUAAUAAAAAACAGACAAGCUAUAAAGUAAUACAGUUAGAAUACUUGUCUAGUAAUACUCGUGGAAAAAAAAAACUGCACUGGUAAAUCUCACAAGUACACAUCAACACACAGGUCACUUCAUAGUUUCCACCGGGGGACCCCCAAGACCUCUGUCACAAAUCGAACCCUGUUCAAUAUUAAUUACAUUUUUUUUUAUUUUGUAGAACUAAAACUUCAAGCCAAGCACCACUUAUGUUAACCAUUAUUUUUAAGAGCAUAAGCUCUCCAGAAGACAUGAACUGCUUUGUGAUCAGCGAACAAGGACGACUGCCAUCAACACCCGAUGGCAGUGAUGAAGAGAGUCCAACCCACUGAGAAGGCCUUAUCUUUCUUAGAUUUAUCUGCUCUCUCUUAGGCCAGAGAUAAAAAAAAGCCUAGGAAACAGUAUUUAUUGAUAAACGUUGAUAAGCAGAAACACGGUGCAUGAAUCAGCUGUGACGGAUGUUGAUCCCCACUGAGGGUAAAUCUAAUGUGUGACGGCCACAGUAAAAGCAGCUGUUGCACUGUGACUAUUCGGAAAUCUGCUGAUUCAAGGCCUCAGAUUCUACGCUAGCGAGGAGCCAUGCUGAUCUGGGCGUAUUUACAUUAUUCCCUUUUCGGCACUAAACACAAUACGAGCUGCUUUCUUUCUUCCUACUUUUUUUUUUUUAAACACUAAAAGCACUGCGUAAACAGAUUAUACAAGCCGUUCUGUUCAAUUACCUCAAACUGUCCUGGCGAGGCUGCUAGGCUUUUACAGUAAAAGGACUGCUUAAAAAAAAUAAAGACUAAGAAAGAACGAAAGAACUCAACAAAAGCUCAGCGGCUCCGUGUCUCUACACGCACGAGAGCGCUAAUGCUAGCAGGUGUGCAGUGCGGCAAGCAGAAAGCAGGGUCUUCCUGUUAAUCACCUCUCGCCCCACCACUCCACCGUGCUGAAGUCAGCAGGCAGUUCCACUGCUGCGGGCAGGAAAGCAGCGGGAAACUCGUAGCAUCAACACAUCUUCUCCCGCUAUAAAUCUAGCAUGCGAGUUCAUCAGUACUGGAGCUGGAUUAGCUUUUACCUGGGGUCCUACUUUUUUUUUUUGGAGAGAAGAUUCUGUUCCACAUCUUAAAAGCAAAUUGUUAAUGUGGAAAAACAUGAAAUGUAAUACACAAAUCAUACUGCAUCGUAAGUGAGGUGCGGGAAUACGUCUCACACUGCCUAAUUUCAUUACUGAUCAACAGUAUUUAUGGGCUUCAUUCACAAGUCCACACACACAUAUACAUCCAUAUACACACACACACACACACACACACACACACACACACACACACACACGUUAUGAUUUCCUCUUAUUUAUUUUUUUCCAAAAUGUUAAUUGUGCACUCAAAUUUGCAGCAAAAGUUCAUAUCCAAGUGUUUUCUCUGUAGUGGUUCUGUCAACUUAUUUUCAUUUAGAAACUCAACAGUUGCUUUUGGAGAUGCAAGUACCACAUGUGACAAAGCAAAAGAUUACAAACAUUUUCAAAUUCAAACAUUAGAAUAUGACUGCACUUGCGAUGUUUCAGCUCCUGAAUCAAAUCAAAUUCAUUUGUAUAGUGCUUUUUACAACUGAUGCUGUCACAAAGCAGCUUUUCUCCAAAAAAAAGUUUUAACAUGAAUGUAAAAACUCCCAGGUGAGCA